UUCGGCGAAUCAGCAGUAACGCAUUUUCUACCCGACUCAGAAGUACCCCAAAUUCACGCAGGACCGCAUCCAGGACCUUCAGACUCUUCUGCUACUGAAAAUGAGGAAGUGGACAGUGCAAAAUUGGCCUCGCUGAUGUCUCUUGGCUUUGAGGAAGCAGCGGCCCGGGCAAUGCUGAUACAGUGUGGCCAUGAUGUGGAAGCAGCGGCUGCAAAAUUGUUUGCGAAGCAAUCAGCAUCCUCGUGA